UAUAUAAGGGCGGGCGGGGGAGGCGGCUGCCGCCAUUUUGUCCAGUGAGGAAAAGCGGAGCGGGAGUCUCGUUGAGGGUCGAGUCGGCUACGAAUUAAAGCGCGGGCUGCCUUCGUGCGCCCUCCCUCUUAGCAUCGUGAUGCAUCGUGACUCUUGUCCGCUGGACUGCAAGGUUUAUGUGGGUAACCUUGGAAACAAUGGCAACAAAACUGAGCUAGAGCGAGCUUUUGGCUACUAUGGACCACUGCGCAGCGUCUGGGUGGCGAGAAAUCCUCCUGGGUUUGCCUUUGUGGAGUUUGAAGAUCCACGAGAUGCAGCUGAUGCAGUAAGAGAACUAGAUGGAAGAACCCUCUGUGGGUGUCGUGUGAGAGUGGAGCUCUCCAACGGUGAGAAACGGAGUCGGAACCGUGGUCCACCUCCCUCCUGGGGCAGGCGUCCUCGAGACGACUACCGCAGAAGAAGUCCUCCUCCCCGUCGCAGAUCACCGCGAAGGAGAAGCUUUUCUCGGAGCCGCAGCAGGUCCCUCUCCAGAGACAGAAGAAGAGAGAGGUCACUCUCACGGGAGAGGAAUCACAAGCCUUCUCGUUCCUUCUCCAGGUCUCGCAGUCGCUCCAGGUCGAAUGAGAGGAAGUAGGAGUGUGAGGAGGAGGAGCUGUGUACAGGAGUCAGAGCUGAGGACGGGAGGAGUAUGUACAGAACAUUGUUUUGUUUUGAAACUUCAUAAAGCUUGGUGCAUUUUUAAAAUGUUUUAGCUGUUGAACUUGCUUUUGUUCCUUGUAUCUUGUAACAGGUGGCAAAUGUAAAGAUGUGAAUCUGUAUAUGGUUCUGAGCAGAUCAUAUGAUUUGUAAUAUUAAUGGCUUUACAAUGUACCAUUAGACAUCAUUUUUUUUUGUUUGUGUGGAACGAUAAUGAGUUUGUCUUGCCUAGAUAGGAGAAUGGGUUUGGUCUUGAUGUGCUGGGGUGUGUUUUGCUGGGAUCCAGCUGUUGGAGGAGGGUGCAUGGAAGGUGUUGGUUGUGGUGGCCGCAGAGCGAGGUGUGGGUGCUCCGGAGCGCAGUUCCAGGGAAUAGGCAGGAACAUGGAGCCAUCAGUGUGUGAAGGAAAUGACUGAGCUGUCAUUUAAUCCAAAGCUCUAGUUUUGACUUCAUUACCUGGAACUGAGCUACUUCAUAUUAUGUGAAAUAUAAAUUUUUUUAGCCGUAGGGUCAGUUAAUUUUGUACUUCAUGUUUGACUAUAGAGUACUUUGGGAAUAGCCGAUUGUCUGAUGGACCAUCUAUUCCAGAACCUCCAAACAGACCAAAUACGCAGCAGAACUGACAACUGGAGUGGAUGUGUUGAGUGUCUAAUGGUACAUUGUCAAAGUUAUGAAUUAAACAUUUCUUUACUGUACAAGAAUUUUCAUGUCACUUGUAAAAUGUCUUUUGUGAGAUCCUUGGGAUUAAAGUUUUGGUUACAACUUGU